AUGCUCGGAUUCCACCACUUUGGGACGUUCCUCCUCUUCGCAGCGACCAUCCUCCUGCUUGUAUCCACCAUCACCUCGCCCGUCGUAGACAGGAUGGCCAUCGCAAAGGCCUCGCUGCGCGGGAACAGUGCCACGGUCAACUUUGGCGCUCUCGGGUACUGCAUAAGGGUCGCUGGCGCCUCGGACGCCUGCACAAAGGCCCAAGUCGGAUACCAGUUCCCGCAGGCGCUCUUCAACCUCGCCGAAUCGACAGGCGUCCUCUCCAACACCGCAGAGAACGCCAUCGAAGCGACGACCAAGGCAUUGGUCCUCCACCCUAUCGCAUGCGGCGUCUCCUUCCUUGCGUUCCUCAUCGCAGCACUCAGCGACCGCCUUGGCUUCAUUUGCGCCGCCCUUAUCGCCUUCGUUGCCAUGCUGUGCGCGGCAGUCGCAAUGAUACUCGACAUCGUCCUGUUCUACGUCCUCAAGGCGUACCUCAGGAAAAACAAUAUUGGCCAGCUCGUCUCGGUCUCGUACAGUGUCGGUACCUGGACCACGGUUGCCGCCUUCUGCUGCCUCUUCAUCGGCAUGUUCUUCACCCUCUGCGCCUGCAUCACCGACCGUCGCCGUCGCCGCCGUGGCGAGAAGUACUAG